AUGGCUGAAUUGUCCGAUGAUGAGUUGGAGAAGGCGAAAGACACGGCUGAAGAAUGGUCCAGCAACUUUCCUCCUCCCGAGAUACAAGCACAAGUGGCUCGUAAGAAGGGACCGGCGUAUAUGGAGCACUUUUCGAAGGAGAUGUGGAGGGCAAUGCGGGAUGAGAGUGUUUGUGAUGUCGGGCGGGAUGAGAGUGUUUUGUACGCUCGGCCUCGAUUAGUUGUUGGAUGGAAGGGUCAGGAAGACCUCCAGAAAGAUUAG